AUGAUAAGGUUUACGUCCAUCCUCCUCGCUCUUGGCAGCUUUGCCGCGGCACAAGAGUCCUCGCCGGACUACAAGAACAACAUGCUUGCCAAGGUGCUUCUGUUCACGCGUACUGAUGGGUUCCGUCACGACUCGAUCUCCACCGCAGUCAAUCAACUUCAGGCCUGGGGACCAUAUUACAAUAUCUCAUUCGAUGCCUCGGAAGACCAGGAAAAGUUUACGGCCGAAAACUUGGCACAAUACGACGCUCUUCUGUUUGUACACACGUCAGGCAACAUCUUUGACUCGACUGGGCAGGCAGCAUUUGAAGAUUACUUGGCCAAGGGCGGUAACUUUGCAGCUGUCCACGCCGCAUCCACGACAUACAUGCUCAAUGCGCAUCAAAUUGCUACAUUUGUCAAGGAGACCACAGGACAUCCUGCGACAAACCCAACCCCAGAUCGCUGGACAUUUGAUGAAGAAGUCUAUAGUUUUACUUCGGACCCGCGUAAACUGGGCGCCAAGCUUCUCUUUUCAGUCGACUCUUCUAGUUACAAGGAGAACAAUAUUGUUGAGGAACAAGGAAAUCCGCAUCCAAUCGCUUGGUACCAAGAUUACUCAGCUGGUGCAGUAGUAAAGAGCGGCGAUCCCGGCCCCGGUAUUGCUGGUCGGUCUUUCUAUUCAUCACUAGGCCACAACAACUCGACGUGGAUGGACGACACAUUCAUGAAGCACAUAAUGGGCGGUCUUUCCUGGACCUUGGCUUCGAAUACCACCCGGGUCGCCGCAGGACUGUACAACGGGGCGCAACCCACCGUGCACACUGGAGCAUCCAAUAACAGAACCUCCGUCGCCGCCAGCGCGUGGGCUCCAGUUCUAGGCUCAGAUCAAAUUGCUCCCCCACCCCCACCCCCCAAAACUACGCCUACGUCCGAUGGUGGGCCAGAAUCUACUGGUGGUGCUACUAUUUCAUCGUCAUCGGGCGCAUUUACCGACGUUCCUGUCAGUGUCUGGGCCACCUUUGGUACGGCCUUGGGCGCGAUACUUGGUGCUUUGCUUUAA